UUUGCCGAGACACACACACACCCACACCUCUACACCUGCAACCACAGCAAGGCGACCCCCCCCCACCAUCAUCCCUUGUAAUCCUUGUGAGCCAUUGGACCUAGAAAUAGGAGAAAAGUACCUUGAAAACUACCUCCCCGCGCUGCACAGUACCAUCACUGUGCAUCACUAUUCUCCGGUGAAUUCUGACCAUUUCCGGCCAAGGUGAAACACAUUGCAAGGAUCCUUGAAGCGGCGAGGCCGGUUUGACCCGAUGUCAUGUUUUGUUCUAGUAGCAGAGUUUUUGUGUUGAUGAGGAAUAUUGGCAAAUCUUGGUGCAGACGAAUGCCUUCAAUGUGAAGCAAUGCCUGAAGACUAGCUUAAUUAAUAAUUAAGAAAGUUCAAUUGGGAAAUAUGGGAUCAGAUCGUCAGCCUCUUGUGGUUCCUUUUCUAGACUUGUCCAAUGAAAACAUGGAGCCUGGAACAGAUGCAUGGCUCUUGGCAUGCAAACAAGUCCAGCAUGCCUUGGAAGAGUUUGGCUGCUUUGAAGCUGCUUACAAAAAUGGUACUUUGGAAACUCAAAACUCCAUUUUUUCUGCGUUAAAAGAUCUUUGUGAUCUUCCUUUAGAAACUAAAAUGCAGAAGACCAGUGACAAGCCUCUCCACGGCUAUUUUGCCAGAAAUCCUCUCUUUCCUCACGAUUUUUCCACGGGCAUUGAAAAUCCAGAAACUGCAGAAGGAGCUCAAAACUUCACGAGUAUCAUGUGGCCUGCAGGAAAUGAACAUUUUCUUGAAAGUGUUCAUUCCUUCUCAAAGAUGAUGGUAGAAUUGGAUCAAAUGGUGACAAGAAUGGUGUUUGAUGUUUAUGGGGUGGGGAGGCUUUAUGACUCUCAGCAGGCAUCAACCACUUACCAGCUUAGAUGCAUUGGAUAUGAAAUACAGGGGCAGACGAAUGAGAAUGAUGUGAGACUGUUUCCUCACACAGACAAGUGUUUCAUAACCAUACAACAUCAAAGUGAGGUCAAUGGUUUGCAGAUCAAAACGAAGGCUGGCCAAUGGAUUGAUUAUGCACCUUCUUCACCUUCAUCUUUUAUGGUAUUGGCAUCCGAUAUACUCAUGGCAUGGAGUAACGAUAGGGUAUGCGCAUGUGAGCAUCAAGUCAUCCUGAAAGAGAAGAAAACAAGAUAUGCGGUGUCAUUAUUCUCAUAUAAAAAUAGUGUCGUGCAAGUACCUGAAGAGCUAGUUGAUGACAAACACCCUUUACGAUAUAAGCCGUUUGAUAACUUUGAUUUCCUUCGUUUCUAUCUAACUGAGGAGGGACAGAAAGCUAAGCAUGCUAUCAAAGCCUACUGUGGUGUUUGAGAUCUUAUGCGCCAUUGUUUUAGAUUCUUGUCUGGCUUCUUAUGCAUGCAGUGUAUGAAUAAAUAAAGCUGUAGUGGGUUUUCCAAAAUAAAUAAAUAAAGCUGUAGUGUUGUUUUUUC